GUCGUCAUGUACAAUUUUUUGGUGUGGGUGUUUUGUCUCGGUUUGUCAAACGCUUCAAUGAUUAUUAUUUUCAAGUGAAAUUAAGAUUUUGUGCAAAUUUCUAUUUAUCUAUUCGAAACGUGGUGUUUUCGUAUAUAAGUGAACAUAUUCUCUUUGUGAUCGUGAACAAUAUAUGGGCAGUGAAGGCAGAUAAUAAAUUGGUGGGGGGCUGCUAAAAUACUACGAUAGGAUAGUAACAACGUUUUACAACUGGUGUCGUUCGGGCGCUCAUAAAAUUUCUCAUCUCGGUGCGGGCGAGUUGGACAUCCAUUUUGUUUUAUUAUGUGGUUUGGUUGUUUACACUGUGCGUCGUGCUCGCGACAAUGGAAAGCGACGGCACGCAUGGGCAAUUAGUGAUCGGUGGUAGCGGCAGGCGGUGAUGCAGCGGGCCCACGCGGGCGGCGCCUCGCAGCCGCAGCCCUUCGCCCCGCGGCCGCACUACCGCUCGCAGUCUCACAUCUAUCCGGACAUUGAUGACCAAAUUCCAGCAUCUGUGAUCAGCAGUGUCGGGACUGUAAGUUUGUCUCAAUCUACGACUAAUCCGACACCGAAUAUCACAAUGGCCAAUCCGACCAAUCUGGGCAAUGCGAGCAGUAGCAAUACCCAGGCCCCGGUGCAGCAGACGCCGACACAAGCGCCGGUACGAAAUCUACCAAAAAAACGAAAAUUUGACCCAUCAGAAUUAGAGGAAAUAGAGCGGAACUGCAUGAAUAAUAUGCAGGAAAGAAACUGUAUCAAUGUCUCUGUUGCCGCUCCCGUGCCGGAUUAUACGCCGCCAACAUACCAACCUCCAGUGCUCCAGCCAUCGCCAAUCGUCCAACGUUCGUCGCCACACGAUCUAAAGCCAUUCAACAUCCACUAUCCGAACAUUGACUUGUCGGAAUGGCGGGGACAUCGAGUGUUGGCGAAACAGCGUGGGCUGUACAUACCAGGGGUGAUACGUCAAGCUGACGGGUGUAAAGUGAUAGUGGAACUGGACGGACAGGAAAAUGAACCAAUCGAGUACAGUGAUAUAUUCGGUGUUAACAAGUAUGAUGUGAUCAGUGAUGCGAGUCCUCAACUCAGCCACCUUUUGAUUGACUCCGCGUGUGUUGUCAGGACUACUGACCCGAGCCGGGAGAGUGUUUUCGUUGAGGGACUCGUAUUCGAAGUGUUGAAUUCGCCUAUUAGAAUACGUGUUAAGGUGACGGAGGGCGAUGCACGCAAGGAGGUGUUGGAAGUGAAGCGCGCAGACAUCCGGCUGCUGCAGCCGCCCUGGGCGGACGAGCUGGAGGACGCCGGCUCGCACGCCUCGCCCGCGCUCCCCCCGCACCUGCGCCUGCACCACGCGCCCUACUCCAUGUGUGGUGACCACUUCGUGACGUCCUCCCCAAUGCCAGGAGCACAGGUUGUGACGGUUGGCGCUCUGUCCAACGGUUCUCGACCUUUCGACGAAUACGGCGAAAGUGAUGAUGAUCUGCCCAGCGAAAACAUUAUGUUUCCUACAGACUCGUCUCAUAUGGACUGCAACAACAGUAAACGUAGCAGUCUCCAGAGCCGAGGCAGUACGUCAAGCCUCAUCGAAGGCAGCCUCACACCCAGAUCUCAAGCCCCUACUCCUAGAUCUCAAGCGGCAACACCGCACAAGUACAAGAAAGGCGACGUAGUGUCGACACCAACCGGUAUACGGAAGAAGUAUAACGGUAAACAGUGGAGACGUCUCUGUUCCAAGGACGGCUGCACUAAGGAGAGUCAAAGGCGAGGAUUCUGUUCGAGGCACCUCUCGCUGAGAGGCGUCACGAGGUCCUCCAACACUCCCCUGGCUCAAGGAUCUGCUCAUACACCACAACAGAGAAGCAGCAGUAAGUCGCUGUCGUCGAGCGGUACUGGCGUGGAAGGCGAUGAGACGUCCCGCGAGUCGGACACUACUCCGCCCAACUACCGCGUCACGGGUCGCUUCGACCCCGACGAGACCGAGGCUGCGAAUAUGCUUGUGUCGCUGGGCAGCUCGCGCUCGGGCAGCCCGGGCGCGUCCCCGCUGGGCGGCUCGCCGGUGCUGCGCGGCAACGUGUUCGUGCCCAUCGCGUCCCCGCAGCCGCCCUCCGCGCCGCGCGCGCCGCACGCGCACGCGCCGCCCGCGCCGCUCGCGCAGCACGCGCCCUACCACCACCUCAUACGGCCCGAGCUAGUGCGGCCGGGUAGAGUCAGCUCCCCAGUCGGUGGGGUCGCCACAAGCGUCAUAAGAUUAUCCCCCGCGCCUACCUAUCAUUACCAGGGAGACAAUCGGAACGGUUCGACAAACCUUCAAUCGAGUCAGGCCAGCGUGAUCGGUCUCCAAACCUCGAAUCUUAACAUCCAGAGCAAUAUUCAAACGAAUUUGAACACGGUCACGACCAUGCAGUCAUCGCUCAACUUACCAUCGAGCAUUUCGAUAAUAAAUAACGUAAACAACCAAGGCCUGCCGACUAGUAUCGCAAAUUCGAUCAGAAAUGUUAAAGUCGAAGAUACUCCGCACAACUUAGUAGUACACAGGAUUCCACCGAACGGUAACGAUCUAGAGCAUAUCUACAGAAGCCAGCCGUUAAGACGGAACGGUUUACAGGAACCCUAUAGACGGGAGACGGAAGUGUCACCACCGCUAAAUAAUCUUGAAAAUUUUGGUAAUAGACGAGUCUCGGAGUAUGAGGAUGAAGAUCACUCGGUGCCUCAAAACGAACGGCCUUUAGAGCUCUCCGAGGCUCGAUUGGAUGAUAGCAAGAGGAUAGUGAAGCCCGCGCCUCUGCAAGCGCGACUCGUGUCCUUAGUGGACACGGAUAUGAAAGACGCCGUCAGGAGGUUCUACGUGAUACCGCAGAACACGCUCGAGAAGAAAAUCGUCUUGAUAAAAAACGAACCAGCUGAUGCUGUUCAAUUAGAUCAUAAACAGCAUCAGAUGGCGCAGCAGAUUAAUAAUAACAACGAAACGGAAAUUGAACAUCGUAGUUUAGACAACGGUGAUCAUGUAAGUAGUCUGAUAAAUAACAUAAACAACAGUGCGGUGAUAGUUCACCCUAAUCAACUGUUGCCCGUUCUGCCUCCGCCUACUUCCCACACUCCACACGCUUCGCAUACUAUAAUAGUGUCGAGCGGCGCGGCCGGCGUGUUCCCGUGGCAGUCGCUGGUCCCGCUGCUGCGCGCCGCGUCCCCGCCCGCCGCGCCGCCCUCGCCGCGCACGCCGCGCACCCCCCACACCCCCCACACCCCGCACACCCCGCACACCCCCCACCCGCCGCACAUCAAGAGCGAGGAACAGAUCAAGACAGAGGGGAAUGACGGAGUGCCGUCUAUGUGUACGGACGAAGAUGAUGAAGUGUUUGAGUGUGAGGAGACAACGGGGGACGGUAACAGACGGUCUCAGAGUCUUUCGUCACUGAACCAGACUUUUACUGGACAGGAAAAAAAGGAGAGACGCAUCCGGCGGCCGAUGAACGCGUUCAUGAUCUUCUCGAAGCGCCACCGCCAGAUGGUGCACCAGCUGCACCCCAACCAGGACAACCGCACCGUCAGCAAGAUCCUCGGCGAGUGGUGGUACUCGCUCAAGCCCGAGCAGAAGCAGAAGUACAACGAGCUGGCCAGUGAGGUAAAAGAAGCUCAUUUCAAGGCCCACCCGGAAUGGAAAUGGUGUAACAAAGACCGUCGCAAAUCUUCCAGUAGUCGUGAUCCAACGGGCUCUAUGCCACAGAGUCCUCGUACGCCUUCUGAAGGACCGAACCCCGGCGUCCCUACAAGCGGUGCGGACAUGACUAUGAACAGUCAAACAUACAACCACGUGGGAUCGCCUCAACUGAGCGACGAUGAACCCAUGAUAAGUCAAACAAUAGAAGAGCCGCCUAUGCCGUCUCAAAACAUCGAGAUAGAUCUCAAGUGCGGCGAGAAAGUCACUGAUUCGGAUUCAGAAGGCAUCGACACUCGGGAAUACCUUCCGCAUCACGACCACACUAGACGACCUAAAGCGAUCAAAGCCAGAGCUGGAUCGUCAGAUAAUCUAUUAGGAGGUAUAACUGCUUCGAGCCCCGGAGGGUCGAAGGUCUUUCAGCCGACUGGUGGCGCUUUCAAGUCCACACUCGCCGAUACUGGCGAGAACCAUAAGCAGUGGACCGCAUUCUCAGUUAAUAAGCCGAUGUCGAGUCAACCGACCACGCCUCACGUGUCGCAGGCCCACGUGUCGCAGGCCCACGGCACACAGAGCCUCGCCAAUAGUGUUCAGGGUAUUUCGUUGGCGCCGUCGCCCGCUCAGACUGCGCUGGAUAACGCCAUCGCCUCCAUUAUCAGCCCGCCAGCUGGCGUACAGGUGAUCUCGAGUGGCGUAGCGGUGGCACAGCCUCCCGCGUCCUCUCUGCUCAAAAGCGUCACACUGGUCAAGAGGAAUAUAGGGGACACUACGACAGGUCCGAUAACUCUUUCGCUGGACGCGUCGGGCAACCUGGUGAUAAAGGCGAGCCAGGCGAACGACAACACAGCCAACGAUUCAUCACUACACUACGUUCAGUUGCAGAGGCUCUACGUACCCUUUAGUGCAGCGGAGACAGAUGUCAAUAAGAACCAAAAUCCAAGUGUGCCUCAAAGUCAAAGUCAAAACAUACAAAGUGGUCAGUCUGUGAUCGUGUCCCAGAGCAACACCAACUCGUUGCCCAAACCUAGUCCACAAUGGGAGGCACCUGUAGAGGAGACUCGUCCCUUCCCUCUGGCUCCCACGCCCGCUCAACUUGGCCGAGCGCCCUUGCAGAAGAGAUUGAGUCGAGGUACAUCGACAGGUUCAACAGGCAGCAACGAGCCCGUGAUCCCUCGCUCCGAGAGCCUGCCCACCACGCCUCUCGAUAACAAUGAAAAUCUUCAAUCGCCUAAGAAGAUGGAGAACUUGCCAAGUCCUUCGUUGAAAAAAAGCCUUUUCAAGAAAGGCAACGAGGAUGGGAGAGACAAGGUGCUGGAGACGGUGAACUUCGAGCAGAAGUUCAGCACGCUGCCCAAGUUCAAGCCCGAGGCGUGCAGCCCGGGCGCCAUGGUGGUGCCGCGCAGCCCGCAGCUCUACCUGCGCAAGAAGCAGCACAAGAUGCCCAUGGAAGAAGAACCGACAGUUGUGACAGCGCAGCUUGAAGCGGAAGUCAUCAACGGGAACGGCAUGCCUACACCGCAUUCAUACGGAACGCCGCACACGACCACUAAACUAGUGGGGAACACUUUCUUCGGACCUGAUUUUAACAUCGACAGUUUUAGAGUGCCUACGAGCGAGGGCGCGGAGGACAUGUCGCCGCGCACGCCGUGCUCGGUGGGCGCGGGCGCGCGCGGGGAGGCGGGCCACCGCCGCGUGCUGGAGCAGCGCCGCCACCUCGUCAUGAAGCUGUUCCACGACCACGGCAUGUUCCCCACCACGCAGGCCACCACCAACUUCCAGGCGGCCCACACUGACAUAUUCCCGACGAAGACGUCACUACAGUUGAAGAUCCGCGAGGUGCGCCAAAAGUUAAUGGCUCAGUCCAACCUUACACCGCACUCGGAGGUCAACACGCCUACCAACGUGAACUCCCCGAUAGUGUCAGCGGCCCUGCAGCCGACAUCAACGGCCAGUUAGCGAUACGGUUACACAAUCUCCAUUGUUAUUCGGGAAUAGGCAACAUGAAAUAAUGUGAUUUAUAAAACUGUGACGUAAUCAACUUGAUUUUCCACUUGGAAUUUUCACGAAAGUUUUGGUGGAAGUUAAUUCCACAAAUUGAUAUAUUACAUUAAAUAAAAAUAAAAAACAAUUCCUCGACACAGUAAUAAUUCUAAA